AUGCAGUGAUUGAAUGAGUGCAAAAUCUAUCUACUUAACCACAAUAACAACGACAACAACAGUAACUUAGAGCAGCACUCUAUUAGCUGAGGGCACUGGCGCUUUUAUCAGAUGAACUCAAAAAGUACAAACGAUUGCAUAAAUACAAACACACUUUUUUUUUUCAAAUUCACACACACUGUAACACUGUAUUUGGGUAGCAAAGAAUUGCGGAAUAAUCUUUUUAAAUUCGAAAAAGCAUAUCAGUUGGCCAAGUCAAGAGCCUCGAAUGAAGACAACACCUUGCCUGCUAGGAACGAUCAAGAGGUAGCUGUGAAACCUACAACCAAAUGGCAGAAACAGACAUGGUUAGAAUAUGACAAGACAAGAACUAAGGUCUUACGAUACAGGAAAAUUAUAUAUAGACUUACAGCCAACAAAAAAGAGCAUUGGCCAUUUGAAGAGCGCGCGUUGAAAGUGGGUAUACUCUAUAACAAUACUUGAGUGUAA